AUGGGCGCUUUCCCGUCGCACGACACUCCAGAGUUGUUUUAUACGACGUUUGUGCCUCGGCCCUCCACGGAGACCCAAGUUGAGGUCUGCCUCGUGCCUCUGCUGCCGCGUUUCUUCAAUGACACGCACAAGAAGGCCAAGCGGAAACUAAACGACAUUCUGUCGCGCAGGGGGACCGACCCACCCCCAGCAGCAGCGGCACCGUCAGGGACGACGACACCCGGAAGUGCGACGGCGAGCGCAAAUUCGAGGCGUGCAGAGACAACGAGCGGGGGUCCUAUUGUGGACUGCAUCAUUGCCUUCAACGAUCCAUUUUUUCUCGUCAAGGUGAAGGACGCCAUCAUAAGCAGUGAUGCCUUGCUUGAGGAUAAGCCGCGUAUAAAGAAGAAGUUAACCACACCAGAUUUGCCAUCAGCGUCAGCAGCGGGCUCAGCAACGGAAAUGAAUGCCCCUCAUCACUAUCAACAGCAAGCCAGUCAGCAAUCCACAUCGCACUCUUGUCCAGUUCCACUGUUGCGUCCAGUGCCGUUUGCUGUUUGUAUAUUGGACCCCAUCAACCCUAGUAAUGAGUCUUCGUCAGCCACUUCAAAAUCGCAUUCACAUUUGAACCGGGCACAACAAACCCUUGCGGCGAAUAGCGGCAAUGUAUUAAUUAUCAAGGGACAUCGUCUGCAAAUUGUGGGGUUUAUCUCAUGUUGCUUGGGUCGUCCAGUGCAUCUUAUUAACCCUGCCACCUUUACCAAGACGCAGGCUCUUGGUGGCGGAGGCACUAGCGUGUACUCCUCACAUACAGGUAUAGGGGAUAGUAAAAAACCAUCUAUUCCUGUGGUGUUAGAUGUUAUAUUUGACGACGUUGAGGCACAUGGGUACCUUACAGAGUCCGUUGUGCUUCUAGCUUCCUUAGCGUUUCGAAAACAAUUUGUGAAUAGUUCUGCCCUUUAUUAUCCUGCUGAGGAUAGAGAUGUGGAGGCCUCCUUUGACUAUUAUAUGGAACGUUUACAACUACGCAUUGUACUGCAGCAUAAUAAUUACCGGGAGUUACGUAUGUUUUACUCCCAAUAUGCUCUGUUAGACAUGAUCAAAGAACUCCGUAUGCACGAAACCGCGCCUCCACAUUUUUCCAUGUAUGAAAAUCACCUCGGAGAGUACGGUUUGGAAGUGACGUUCAGCAACAAGUUUUUAGGAUUGUGGCUACGAUAUGUGGAGAACAAAAUGCGGGUGGAUUCUGUUAAGGGUCAACACAUCCGCUGCAAUACCAUUGAUUUUCUACAAGAACGUCAACGAUUAAUGCAGGAACGGCAUGACAGUGGGGCGUUUUUGGAGGAGGAGGAAGAAGAUGAACGUCUGUAUGGUGGCUCAUUGCUUGCAUCUACACUUAAACAAUGGCUUUUGAAGGGGUCUCAAUCGGUCUUGCAACAACAAGCUCAACUCGCUGCCGCCCAACAAAUGAUGAUGUAUCCGCCUACAUCCGGUACCGCUACAACUGCUGCGAAUUUUUGGUCGCAUAUGCCUACGAUGUUUAUGGGGGCGCCUCCCGGAUGGCCAACAAACGUUAUGCCGUUUAAUGCCGCGGCAACGCCAAUUCCACUCAUGCCAGGUCGGCAGCAGCAGCAGCAGCAGCAAUUUAUGUUCCCCGGAAGCCGACCGCAGUUGCAAUACGCCUCGCCACAGACGACUCUUCCAGGCGCCUCUCCCUUUUCUUCGCCUCCCGGUCUGCACGUUCUCUCUCCUGCAACUUCAUCUUACGGUGUGGCGGCUGCGCCUGGUGUGCCACCGCAGCAGAUUUUAUAUGUCUUGCCUGGUGGUCCAAUUGCUCAGUCAUCCGCGAUGCCACAUGCCCCGACCGCAACCGCCGCCUACCCACCUGGCGCCGCCCCGCCAAUGUACUUCGCACAGCCUCCCACGUAUGGAGUUCCUUAUAGUUCAUACAUGUUCUCCCAGCCGCCAGCAACAGCCCCAGCACCACCGGAAUAA